AGGAUCAAUAUUCCGAGGAAAGGUGAAAAAUUCCAGCCAAACUUUCCUUUACCGCCACAGUUAUCCAUCUGCCCCGCGGCGGCUCCAUCAAUUUCCUAUUUCCUUUCUUCGGCUUCUCCGCUGAACUCUUCCGCCGUCGAAGAGGAAGACAAGAAGCGAAGUGAGCACUCUCCUUCCAAGGGAAUUCCCCUCCGGCGCCAGAUAUGAACUCCCUUCUCCCUACCGAUUCUCCCUCCUCCACGCGCCUCCGUGCCGCCGCGGCAGCGACUACUGCUACCAGCGCCACUCUCACUAAUGCUACUCCCGCCGUUUCGUUCUCUCACCGCCAGCUGCCUUGCCUCCUUCUCUCUCGCCCCGCAGGGAGACUCCUUCGCGUUUCUUAUCGUCGGGCGUUGUCGUCCUCUGCCGUUUCCGCGAGCGGGACCUUGAUGGCCUCCGUGAUACCGCCUAAAAAUGGUGUGUAUACAGUUGGUGAUUUUAUGACAAAGAAAGACGAGUUGCGGGUGGUGAAACCGACGACAACUGUGGAUGAAGCACUGGAGACCCUUGUGGAACACAGAAUUACUGGCUUCCCUGUGAUAGAUGAUGAUUGGAAGUUGGUGGGUCUGGUGUCGGAUUAUGACUUACUAGCACUCGACACCAUAUCAGCAGGCCAGAGAGCUGACAGCGGCAUGUUUCCUGAAGUAGACAGCACCUGGAAAACAUUCAAUGAGAUACAAAAGUUACUCAGUAAGACGAACGGGAAACUUGUGGGUGACUUGAUGACACCAGCGCCAAUGGUUGUUCGUGAAACAACUAACAUUGAAGAUGCUGCAAGAUUACUGUUGGAGACGAAGUUCCGUCGUCUUCCAGUUGUAGAUUCUGAAGGGAAACUGGUCGGGAUUAUUACACGAGGAAAUGUGGUCAGAGCUGCCCUGCAAAUAAAGCAUUCCUUUGAAGCAGAUGCAUAGUUUGUCCGUUCUACAAAACACCUAUCUCAUGAAUUUGAAUUAAGCAAGCGGGAAAACUGAUGAACUGAGAUCACAGUUCCAUUUCUGCGAGCUGUUCCAGUCUUCGAAAUCGACGAACCAGAAGCUUUGUAAGAUCGGGAUGAGCUUAGUAGCUUUACUUAUACUGGUUUUUAUGCUUUGUAUCACAUGCAUUAUAUGUACUACUAGUAUGAGUAGGCACUAAUAAAUUCGCCCUAACGUUUUCUCUUGCCAAAAGGAUCAAGGGUGUCAUUGGCUUUAUAUUUCUCCUUUGUCGGACCUUCAUUUCAUUGUAUAAAUCAACGCAUCCACUAAAUUACAGCA